AUGUCUACCAAGCACACGAUUCUACACCUCCGAAGCGAGCAAAACCCCCUGGAGCACCGUUCUGCCCUCACUCCAAGCACCACCAAAGCCUUGAUAUGUGCAGGCUACGAGGUUCAUGUCGAACGCAGUCCAAAAGAUCCGAGUCGCAAGAGAAUAUACGACGAUGACGAAUUUGAGCGAGUUGGUGCGAAGCUAGUCGACGACCAAAGCUGGUCGAAAACACCGCGAGACCACAUCAUCAUCGGACUCAAGUUGGAACCGGAAAGCUUCCCACUAGUAAAUACCCACGUACAGUUUGCGCACUGCUACAAGGGGCAGGCAGGAUGGCAAGAUGUACUGUCGAGAUUUCGCAGAGGGGGAGGGACUCUGCUCGAUCUCGAAUUCUUGCAGCUCGCAGAUGGCAGUCGUGUCGCAGAGUUUGCUUAUUAUAAAGCUUUGGUGGGCUCGGCGUGGGCCAUCAAAACCUGGAAAUGGCAGCUGGACCAUCCAGGGGAGCAGUUACCUGGAGUUGAAAGCUUCACGCAAGGGAGAGGGUACUACCUGAAUGAAGAUGAAAUGUUGGAACAACUGCGGACCGACCUGAGGCUUGGAAUUAAAAAAGCGGGCCGAGCUCCAAAAGUUUUGGUAAUGGGUUGCUUAGGACGCUCUGGCGUCGGAGCCGUAGACUUGUUUCUCAGGGCUGGCUUGGAUAACUCACAAAUCCUCAAAUGGGAUCUAGCAGAGGUGUGUAUGGGAGGACCGUUCUUGGAUAUCGUCGAGUCGGACAUUUUCGUCAACUGCGCAUACUUGAGCAGUGGUUCCCCGUUUCUCGAUGCCCACUCUCUGGCUUGUCCUUGGCGCAAACUCUCGGUAAUCUGUGACGUCUCUUUUGACGCUGCAAAUCCUGACAACCUGAUACCCGUGUAUAAGGUCAGUACUACCUCUACCAGCUCAACCAUUCUAGUUGAUGUGAAGGGUGGACCACCGCUCUCAGUUAUCUCGAUCGACCAUCUUUCUUCACUGCUACCGCGGGAAAGCUCGGAACAAUUGAGCAUUACGCUCCUGCCGUAUCUGCUGCAACUCGAAGAUUGGAAGAAUAAUGAGGUAUGGAGCAGAGCAGAGAAGCUGUUUCGGGAGAAAGCUGCGACACUCCCGCCAGAUCAGGUCGGUGCAUCACGUCGAAGCAUAUCGCAAAGAAUGGAACCACAACGACUUACGGAUGAGUUUUGGGCUCAUCAUAGCUUUAAAGAUGAGGAACGACAACGAUGGGACGUCGACAACUUGGGCGAAUUCGACGAAUUCGACCAAUGGGAACGACGACUCUGGGAAUGGGAACGACGAUGGGAUGUCCGACUAGAUGAAUAUGGCCAUUGGAUAUAUGAUGACCCUGAUAAUAAGUUUGCAAAAGCUUACUUCGAAAGCACCAAAUUAGCUUUAUCUACGGCCUUUGAAACCUUAGAAAACACUUAUCUUUGUCGAGCCUGCAAAGACAUAUUUUCUUUUGACCGACAAUUCACUCUAUCAGAAUUACAAGAUCCAAAUAAUAACUGUCAGCUCUGUAAGCUCUUGUGUGAUUGUUUGCUGAGCCGAUACGACCCGAAAGGAGACACCUUUCAUUUAAAGAGAUCCGGAUCUUUCUUGAAGAAUACUCAAGACGAGAAACGUAUUCUAGGACUUCUAUCUCAUCCAGCUCUUCCGGUCAACAACAAUAACAUAGUUCAAGUUGGCGUUCCUAAUUUGUAUUCCAUUGCAUCACCAUUUCUUGGUGGAGGUUCUCCAUAUUUCGAACUGUUGCGUCAAUGGCUCAAAGAUUGCGAUGAGCACCACGGUAACUGCGCGGUGGUGCAAGCAAGGUGCAAGCCAACGAGGGUGCUAUUCGUCGGGAAUACAGACCCGAACAAAGUGAAACUUUGUGAACCGACCUCCCCGAUUGAUUAUAUCGCGCUUUCUCACUGCUGGGGCAAACCUUCAGAUGAAGACAAGAAGAAUUAUAGUACUACUAGCACCAACUAUAAAGCUCGGUUGGAUGAAUUCCCUCUCAAUCAUUUGCCGAAGACAUUUCGAGAUGCUGUUCACGUUACUCGAGAACUUGGCAUGAAAUAUCUUUGGAUUGAUUCACUUUGCAUUAUUCAAGGAGAUAAUGGUGAUUGGGAGAAAGAAUCUAAGCAAAUGCAAAACAUCUUUGCUUCUGCUUACUGUACGAUUGCCGCUAGUUCCGCAACCAGCUGGGAUGAAGGGUUUCUUAAGCGAGAAUCUGGCCAUAAUUCUAUUCGGAUUAAGGACAUAUACGGGCAGCAAAUCUCUAUUAGCGAUAACAUAGACGAUUUUGAAAAUGAUGUUGAAAAGGCUCAACUGAACCAAAGAGGUUGGGUAGUCCAAGAAAGAGUAUUGUCUCGCCGAAUCAUUCAUUUUACCGAAAAGAAUUCAUAUUGGGAGUGUGGCGAAGGGGUGCGUUGUGAAAACUUCGCAAAAUUGAAAUGUCUGUCUGGUAGACAUCACUUCCUCCUCGACCCGAGAUUUCCAAAUCGUCUUAGAGAUUCAGGCUAUCAUCGCUCUGUCGACUUUUUACAAUUCCUCUUUCAGAAAUACGCAAAAUGUGGCCUUACCAAAAAGUCUGAUAGAGAAGAUGCUAUAUACAGUCUAAUGAAGCAUAUGGAAACAGCGUUCAGGACGACAUACAGAUAUGGAACUUUUAGAAUCUUCCUCCACAGACUUCUUCUAUGGCACCGGUCGGAUGAGGAAAUACCAGGGAAUGUGCACAAGCACUAUGAAGAUCAACUGCCAUCAUGGACCUGGAUGACAUAUGCAGGAAUCGCUUUCCCUCAAAUUGUUCAUCUCAAGCUUGCAGAUAUACAAUAUGAUGGGAAGGAUGCAUUGAGAGUGCGAGUUCGAAGCUUUAGGAAUUGCAAAGUCAAAAAGGAAGAGAGGCAAUAUCGGAUUUUGAACGACGUGUCUGAAAAAAUAGGAGAAGUGUGGUUUGACGAAACGGACUCUAAUUUUGGGCACUGUGUUGUUGUCGGAAUGGAAGAUGAUGCUGAGGCAGAUGCUGAUAAAACCUACUGGAUAUUGAUCAUAAAAAGGGGAAAGGGAUUCAAGGGUGGGUCUAAGAGUUGGUUCAAGAGGGUAGGAAUUGGAAAGGUCAAGGCACUUUAUGUAUCUAAGGGAGGGGAUGAUGGGCGAUUAAUGUAA